UUUAAAGUACUUUUGUUUUCUGCUUCUCCCGCAAGGUCGGGCUCCCGGGAGCAAUGGAGGCGUGCGAGCUGCCUGUGGAGAUUAUCACUUAUAUCCUGAGCUUCCUGCCCAUCGCAGAUCGGAAAGAAGCUUCUCUAGUGAAUCAAACAUGGUAUUUCGCAGCCCAGGACACCUUACGCCAGGAAAACAUAUUUUAUAACAUCCCGGCUACCUCUGCCUCGCUCCGGACAAUCCAGAAUCUGUCCCAAAGGCAUGUGUGCAACGUCAAGAUGACCAACUUGGAUGGCUCCACCACUUCCCGGGACAUCAUCAAGUCCGUUGCCAGCUUCCUGGGGCCUCACCUGCGCAGCUUGUGCCUGCACGGGAGCAGCCUUACGGAGGCCAACUUCAGUGAGCUCCUCCUUGCUUGCCCCCGCCUCACAGCCUUGGACCUGAGCGGCUGCAACAGCCUUUUCAUGUCCGGGACGCUGCUUUCCAAAGAGGAGACCUUCCUGCAAGCCCGAGAAACAUUGAUCAACUUGCAGGAGCUGAACCUCUCCGGUGUGCGAUACUUGUCUGACCUCACCUUCAACCGCUUGACCGGCUGCUGUCCAUCCCUGACCAAGCUCUCCCUCGCCCGCUGCCACAUUACCUUCGAGGUGGACACUUACUACGGCUCUACUAACUACAACUCCUCGGCUUUGCUGUCUUUCCGCAACCUCCUGCACUUUGUCCGGGAGCGAGCCAGCACCAUGAAGGCCUUGAACUUGAGUGGCACCAGUAUCUCGAGCCAGGCUAUGAAGUCCCUGGUGCAGGUAGAGAACCUUUGCCUGCAGGAGAUGGUGCUGCAGGCCUGCCGGGAUCUAACCAAUGAGGCUGUGAGCAUCCUGUGUCAGCACCAGCCCCACCUGACCAUGCUGGACCUGAGCGGCUGCUCUGAGCUGUCUGACCGGGCUGUCCUUGUCGUCACCUCCCGGCUCCUAUCCCUUCAGCACCUGUGUCUGGGAAAGCUGCCGCGUGUCACUGAUGCCGGCUUCCAGGGAAUUUCACACCUGAAGCAGCUCCAAAGCCUGGAUGUUUCUGAAUGCAGCCUCAUGAAGUGCAGUGAGCUGGUGAGAGCAUUUGGGACUAUGAAGGGACAGCCCAGACUGGUCUCGCUGAACGUUGCCUUCUGCUCUUUGCUACGAGACAACUUGGUUCUUUCACUGGCUGAAAGCCUAAAGAGCCUUCAGGUUUUGGAUCUCUCUUCCUGCGUGUCCAUCACUGACAGAAGCAUCCAAGCAAUCGCUUCACACCUCUUGCACUUGAGAGUCCUGCGUUUGGCUUGGUGCAAGGAGCUGACGGAUUGGGGCCUGCUGGGGGUUGAGGAGCCCAGAGAGGAGCGUGAACAUGCCAGAGAGAAGGAUGCUGGCCCAAAGUUCAGCAGGAACUUUGGCAACAUGGGAUUUUUCCAACCACCUCCACAGGAUUUGGAGCAGGACACCCAGAUUCUUAUUGACCUCAGCAAGCAGGAUGCUCAGCAGAAGCACAAAGCCUCCUUGAAUGCCCUGACUCGUCUUCAGGAACUUGACCUGACGGCCUGCACGAAACUCACAGAUGCAAGCAUAGCUAAGGUCAUCAGCUUUCCCGAGCUGCAGCGCCUGUCCCUCAACCUUGUGACCAACAUCACAGACACCAGCCUCACAGCCAUUGCUCAAAACUGCCGGAGCUUGGAGCACCUUACGCUAAGUCACUGCACAAACCUUACCGACAAAGGUUUCAUGGAAGCCGCUGGCUCCCUGCACCGACUUCAGCAUCUCAUCCUUUCUGGUUGCAACCAGCUGACUCCCCGGACGUUGAAGGCCAUUGGGCAGGAGUGCCAGCAACUGAAGAGCUUGGACGUCUCCAUGUGCAGCAAGAUCAGCAUGACGGACGUUGAGCAUUUCCAGUCGCAACUCCCGCUGCAGAGUCAGACUAGCAUCCAGUCACGGUUUGUGGGUGGAGCAGACCUUUCCAUCACUCUUUGAUGCAAGCUUUGUAGGUUGAGUUUCCAGAGAUGAAUGGUGGUCAAGCUGUCUCUCCCUCCCCACGCUGCCUCAAUGGCAAUAGGGGACUUGUCUUGGGAAACAGCUCCUGUCUUGGUAGUCCCACUGCCCCAAUGCAGCUGCGCCACAACCACUGAGUGUCCAUAAAAUGGACCGAUUCUUCCUAUAGAGGGUGCAGGCUCACCCAAGCCUGCCUCAAUGGAGGAACUGGCUGUUGUGCAAGCCUCCCAUCACCCCCAUCCCGCAAGCAGAAUGGGGAAGUACACCUUGGGAUUGCCUGGAGCAUGGCAGAUCCCAUGCUAGCUGGAACAGUAACCAGAAGGCAUAAGGCAAGACGGUAAUGGCUGUUGAUGUAAUCUUUGGCACAGCCAGUGCCAAGCACUUACUUUUCACCCUGCUUUCAGCAGCUGCAAUAUCCCUGUCAGUGAAAGGGAUUUAAAAAAUAAUCAGCUGGAAAACUGCACCUAGGGAGGCUUCUUCUUUCCAGGUCCCCCUGGUGCACAGCUGCUAGUUUUAGAGACAGUGGGAGGUCACUCACAUGAAAGCAGUCCAUGGCAUAUUCAGGCAGCAAUGAAGAGAUGAGUCUGUAACCAAAACCUUUGCUCUAGCGCAUUCCUGCAAACAAUAUAAAGGUGAAAAAGCCAGUGCCCAGCCAGCCUUCCACUCAACUUUUUGAAAACUGCACUAUGCUUAUGCACCAGGAUUUUUCCAUAAACAUCACCAAAGCCACUGCACUAAGAAAGGACUUUAGUAUGUGUUUGACACACUUUGGAUUUUAAAUGGAGACAGCAGCUUGUAAAACUUUGACUUGCCCUCCUUGACUGAAACGGAGAAGGAAGAAGCUGCCAAGAUAGUGCCACCCCCUGGACUGAUUGCAAGUAGGAAGGCAGGCAAGCAAGCAGGGGCUCACAGAGAUCAAACUGAGUUUGGUGGGUCAUUUGCUCUGAUGGCUCACUCUCCACUGCCAGCACACAGUUUAGGAUCUGGGUUCCAAUCAGGACUCUAAAACCUAUUGGGUGCUUCUUUUAAUAGGCUGCCCCUCCACCUAAGCGUUGUGUGACAAUGUUCUUUGAUACAGUCUCGCCCACACCUCGCCCUCAAGGCAUUUCCUACACCUCCACAGCGAUUAAAGCUAUUCUCUGUUCUACACAUGUGCAAGUGUUGAAUAACGUAUUUUUGAAAGAUUUAAAUCUAGGCCAUCUGACCUCUUGAAAACCACUUCAGUUUACUUUCAGGGCCGAGCCCUCCCGUUUUUAGUUUCAGAGACUGUGAGCCCCAAACCAGAGAAAGCUACAAGUCACGCUCAUGGCUCAUCCCAGUUAGAGCCCUACUGGGCUCUGGCUGCUACCCAGGGAUGCCACCAUACUGAUACCAGGCCUGAAGAGAACCCACAACCAGGCACCAUAAGGCAGCUGCAUAAUGUUCACUUACUUCCACGUACGCCAUCGGGCUUCUCAUGCAGGGGCUCCUCUGCAGAGUACUUCUAAAAGCAGCUGCUGGUGUGGCCUGAAGAGUGCAGCUCUCUUGUUUUAAAAAGGGAGAAAGGGAAUUUAUGGUCCUCUAGAGCAGUGUUUCCCAACCUUGUGCCUCCAGAUGUUUUGGGACUACAACUCCCAUCAUCCCUAGCUAGCAAGACCAGUAGUCAGGAAUGAUGGGAAUUGUAGUCCGAAAACAGCUGGAGGCACAAGGUUGGGAAAAA